AGUUUUUUUUGUGUGUUUUGGGUCGAGUAAACAAUACAGUGUUUUUGGAGUACUAUGAUUCGUUGAUAGAUCAGUAACGAAUAGUUUUCAGGCACUUGAAAAUGUCGUCCUCUAAUGGAUGUGAUACUCUCCGGGUUCUUCACCUGCCCCCCUACAUCACUGAUGACAAACGAGACGAGUUAUUCAAGAAAUAUGGAGCAAUCCGGACGAAGACAAUCAGAAAAUCAGAUAAGUACUCAGCGACGUUCGUCAAAUUUUCCUCGAACGAAGCUGCCACAAAGGCUUUUCUCCAGCUGCAUCAACUGGAGGUCAAAGGGCAGCACUUGUCGAUUGAAUUUGCUAAAAAGUCUAUGGAGAGUGGAUUUGAUGGCGAGGCUGGUUACACUGAUGAAAUCCAUGGAACUGACAACCCAGAUACCGCCAAUUCCGAACACUUCCAGGCGUUCAUUAAAAAAUUGAACAGCUGGACGACAGAUUACACGUUCACACAUCCACCACCACCCAAUAUAUCAUAUAAAUAUCCAUUACCAACUAGAAAUACUCUCAUGAGAAUUGCUAUUCAACUCAUUCGAGAACCUGCGUUUUAUACUCAAGUUUUGCAUCUCAUGAACAAGAUGAAUCUUCCUCCGCCAUUCGAGGAAUUGGAUGAGGAAUUUCCUACGCUGAGGGAAGUUUAUGAUGUUGAGAAUUAUCAGGAUAUUUUUGGGAGAUUGAGUACUGAGACUGAAGAAAUUGAAGAAGAGGAAGAAGAAUCAGAAAUGGAGUCUGAUGAGGAGAAAUCGAAGCCAGAGAUGAUUCCAGCGAAAAGACUUCUUCCUCAAUCGAAAAAACGUUUAAAGAUUCCAAAAUUCGUGAAUCCAAUGAGCCAGCAAAUCCCCACAACUUCAGGGCAUAAAGCAAUAAGACCGGAGGACGUGUUCGAGUCGAUAAAACUCGGGGACGCAAAGAACCUGAAGAUCGACUUGAAGAAUGCGGAAAAAUUGGCGGACUCAGAGAGCAAUAAGGUUGAUCCUGGUGGUUCGGAUGAAAUGGAGGAUAAAGGUGGCUUUGGUCUGAUAUAUCCACCAGAUAUCGAGGAAAGAGUGAAUGAAGAGGAAAAGAGGGAGUUCAUUACUUCCGAAGAAUUGGCCGCCAACAGAAUAUCAGCAAAUGACCAAAGAUUACUUCCAGUGUACCAAAAUUAUCAUCCAGGCAAAACUUCAUGUAGAUUGUACAUAAAAAAUCUGUCGAAACACGUGGAAUUGGACGAUCUUCAUUACAUCUACAAGAGAUAUGUCCUGCCAGGACUGAAUAAUUCAGAAUCGCAGUAUGACGUUCGACUGAUGCAAGAGGGCAGAAUGAAAGGCCAAGCGUUUGUCACAUUCCAGAAUAUGGGACAGGCUCAAUUAGCAUUGAACGAAACAAACGGUUAUAUUUUAAAGGAUAAACCUAUGGUAGUGCAAUUUGCUAAAGCAGCGAAGAGUUAACAUCUGCGAGUUUAAAUUCACACUAUUACGAAUCAUUUGUACAUAUUUCUAUAAAUAAAUUAUUUUCCUCAUAA